AUGGCCAUUAUCCGAGACUUGAGCGAUGAAGAGCGCGGGGCUUUGGAUGGUUGGCUUCAGCUCAACCAUAUCCCGCUUACCUAUCGCGAUGAAAAGGACUUCUGCGACGCACUGCAGGUGGCAAGGAUUUUCAAUAGGAUCCAACCAGGACUUGAUGACCUUAUUAGCUACUCGCCGUGCAUUAGCCUGCCGUUGAACUUUUUGAACUGGCAAAUCUUCAAUCAGCGGGUCUUACGAAAACUUCACAUGGGCGUGUCCCUUAGAGAUCUUGAAAAGCUGGCGUUGGGCUGUCCCAAUGCCAUUGACUCCUUGCUCUUCACUCUGAUGGCCCACUUGAAGAAGAAUAAAAUAUAA